AUGGGGUUACUUAAUAAAAAUGUUUCCAUCACGAGCUUCGUCGAAAGUUGGGCAACAUUGACGCCCUUUAAAACAGUUGAUGUUAAACUACCCGACGAAGUUGCUGGCAAACAUCACUUUGAAACUGUUGCUGAACUGAUGUUUGAUAUGGCCAACAGGUAUAAUCUCGAAAAAAUCAAGGAAAAUAUUGUUACCAGGGAGAAGGACGACCAAACAAUUCCGCCGGAGUUGCAAGACCACCUUGCUGAGCUAAAGUCUUCAAUUAUAUUGCAGAGGUCAGAAAGUAGCCAGAUACUGCACCAGACAAGAAAGACAUUGGAUGAUAUGGCAGCAUUGAUCAAAUCUCAAUCUCCCAAGUUUGAAUACACCUUGCCACAACUAAUAGAAGGAAUCUUAACAGACAUUGGUGUAAUGAAUUACAAAUGGUUGAUGACGACAAACUCUAAACUAUGGCAAGUUACUUGCAUAGUGUCAUCAGAAGAAUGUGAUUUAUUAUUGAAAGUGUUUGAAAACAUUGGCUUCCUUAAUCUACCUUUAGUCAAUCUUCAUUUGAUAAACGUCUCUUACACGUCAGGGACUGAACUAGACAAAUUUGACGACAGCAAAAAUGAUGUUGAUGAGAAGAUUGACUUCAUAAAUUCAAUCAAAGCCCGAAUAACAGUUGCUGAGGUGAUAAACUGUGUAAAAAAGAAUGCCAAGAUCACGUUUGAUUUCUUCGUCCUAAUCAGUAUUGCAAGUAUAAUAGCAACGCUUGGAUUGCUGGACAACAACACUGUCUGCCUGGUAGCCAGUAUGCUAAUAUCGCCCAUGAUGGGUCCGAUUCUUGCAUUUACAUUUGGCAGCACGAUACGAAGUAAGGAUUUGAUACUGUUGGGAGUCAGAAACGAGCUCGUGUGCUUACUGCUUUGUGUGUUUUAUGGUUUCACGAUAGGCACUGUGAUGGCAGUCAUAAAUUUAAACGGGGCAAAGUGGGGGCAUGCCACAAGUUGGCCGACCCCCGAGAUGUCUGUCAGAGGGCUAGGUCACACGUUGGGCGUAGGUGUUCUGAUCGCUUUGGCAUCAGGGAUGGGAGUCUGUCUGUCGUUACUGGGUGGCAACAUAUCCACCAUGGUUGGGGUGGCCAUCAGUGCCUCACUUCUCCCUCCUACCGUCAAUUCUGGCUUACUGUGGGGGCAUACGUUUUCGUGGCUCAUUGCAUCUCCCGCACGUGAUGCUAAUUCUACAGUGGCACAACCCCUGAAAUGCGUUCCAUUGUUGAACAAUGCUUAUCAGUUUCAAUACUCCUGCAAGCUAGCCUUGGAUAUGUUCGCGUUGGGACUUCUCAGUUUCGGUCUGGCCUUCCUGAAUAUUUGCUGCAUAUACCUGUCUGGCAUAAUCAUGUUGAAGAUCAAAGAGGUAGCCCCCAAACAGUUGCUGUCAUCAGCCAAUAGGAGUUUCUUUAAGAACCAAGUGCCUAUGAUAAGAAAGAAGAUGGCCAAUAAGACAAUAGCCGACGAAGACUUUACUCAGUUUGCCAAGGCUUUUACCGACCAAUACAAUAACCUACAAACUGAAAGGGAAAAAAUAGCUUUUGUAGAGAAAUGGCAAGAAGUAGUAAAGAACUUGGAAAGUGAUCCAGUAUAUAGGGAGGCCAUGACACACAUGCCUCUGCAGUUUACUAAGAUGUUCCAGGCGGGAUUCUACAAACGUAAUUCAUCUGGAAACUUAAACUCAUUCAUAUCCAAAAACUGGAAUCCAUGGUUCAAAUCCCCUUAAAACCAAUUAUUUGUUUGUUUGUUUGUGCGUUUAUUUGUGUUUGUGUCAUUGUCUGUGUGUGGUUGUGUGAGCAUGUGUUUUUCCGGUUUUUGUGUGUGUGAGUGUGUCUGUGUGUGGGGUGUGUGUGUGUGUGUUUGUACUUAACUAAUCGUUUGCUUACCCAACCAACACUGCCCGCGUGCAAUUAGUUUGUUCAUUUCAUUAACAUGUAUUUGUUGACUGGAUAUUAAUCUCGUUUUAUUUGCAUUUUUUGAAUCUAUUUUUAAGUAAUUUAUUUUUGGGAUUUUCUGCAUUAAUUUCUACCACUUUCGCAUUAUUUUUAAAAAUUCAAUUCAAAGAGCCGGAACAGAUAGUUUUUCAGUUUCAUUUUUUUAAUUGUGUUUUUUUU